AUGGUUUCUCUUGAAACAGCAGAAGAACUAGGGAUCACAGUAGCAGCAGUCCCUUCUUAUUCUCCUUAUGCUGUAGCUGAGUAUGCAAUUGGAAUGAUCCAAAUGUUGAAUCGCAAGCUGUAUAGAGCAUAUAAUCGUACAAGGGAGUGCAAUUUUGAAAUUGAUGGACUUAUGGGGAUGAAUCUUUAUCAGAAAACUAUUGGAAUUCUUGGCACAGGAAGUAUUGGUUCUCUUUUUUGUAAAAUAAUGAAAGGAUUUGAAUGCAAGCUACUUGCUUUUGAUACGAAGCCGAAUCCAGAUCUCUCAGACUUUGUAGAAUAUAAAUCUAUCGAUGAGGUCCUUGCAGCCAGCGAUAUUUUGACUAUAUUUCUCCCUUUGUUUCCUAGCACUCACCAUUUAAUCAAUAGUGAAAAUAUAUUUAAAAUGAAAAAAGGCUCAUACCUCAUAAAUGUCAGCAGAGGGGGCAUUAUCGAUUCAAAAGCCUUAAUCAAAGCUUUAAACCAUGACCAUUUCUCAGGGGUUGCAUUAGAUGUCUAUGAAUAUGAAGACUCAAUCUUUUAUAAAGACAGGUCCACAAGUGGAGUUCAAGACGAAACAAUGAUGAGACUCCUCGGCAACCCAAAAGUAGUUGUAACCUCUCACAUGGCAUUUUUCACGCAGGAAGCUGUAAGUGCGAUAAUGAGCGGGACAAUUACCUCUUUAUCUCAGUUUCUCAAUAAUGAGAAGGUAGAAAACGCUAUUAAGCUCGAAGAAAUUAAAUUGCGGUAA